AUAAGCUGGUUUUGUUUCUCGCCGCCGGAAUUUUUGAAAUUUCGCCGGAGAAGAAGAAAACGGUGGCUUGAUCGCCGGAGAGGCGAUAUGGAUUCGAGGAGAUUCACGGUGAGGAUGAGAUUAGGGAUCAAAGCGAAGAGCUUUUGUGGUGUGGAGAAGAAGCCAUGAGGCUAGAAAUGGAGGGAAUUUGGCCUUUGCGUUAUUCAAAUUUCAGCCAAGAAAUGGAAAAGCUACAAGCACAAAUUGAACAAGUAGCCACAAAAAUAUUGCUAUUUCUGCAGCGGCACACUUCGAAAAAGCUGUACCCAGAAAACGGUUCGCCGGAGGAGCAAGAACUCGCCGGAAAAGUAUGCCGGGUACAGAAACACUGCCGGAGAACAGACGGGGAGCAGUCGGAAAAUUCGCUGAGAUACGACGUCAUCAGAAUGCUGAUAAGGGGAACCGAGUUCCCGCAUGCAUUGUGUUUGCAUUUGUGCAGUGGGAAAACUGAUUUCCAUGUUUACUCCAAGAAAGGUUGGCUCUCAUUUUGCCCUAAUCAAGAUUCAAUUGUCAUCACGCUUGGUGACAAUUUACAGGCCUGGAGUGGUGGACAAUAUAAACAUGUAAUAGGAAGACCAAUCUUCAAAGGUGAAGAUGACACGUGUAUUUCAAUGGGUUUCCUAUUUUCACCUCCAAUUUAUGUCGCAAAAUCAAUUCAAAUUGAAGAGGUUGUCACUAUUUCAGUGGGCCAGCAAAUCAUAUUUUCUGUAUUUAUAAUUUUGGUUUACCAAUUUUUGGUUUAUUUUUACCAUAUUUUUGUAUAAAAAUAUGAGCAUAAUUAAAAUUUUCAUUUCAUUUCAUUGGGUGGGCCAUAUUUUAAUUUUAUUGGGCCCAAAUCAUAAUUUCAGUCAACAUUUAUUGCGAGU